CGCUGAGUGACGCGGAGGCGCAAGGCGGCCCGGGGAUUUGCUUUGCUGCGGCCGCUGCCUCCGUUCUCCCACCCCCUUUUCCCGGGGAGGAAAGUUACUUUGCAGCCGCGGGGCAGGGCGUUUGCAGCCGCGGGAAGCCUCCCUCUUUCCCCGGCCAGGAGUUUGCACGCAUCGUCCUCUCAGGGGGCGGGGAGCUUCUCCCUUCUUCGCAUUGCACCGUCCCCGCCAGGAGCCUCCCGGGUCCCCUGGCGCUCGAGCAGCUUAGCCCCGCGAGCCGGGCUGUGCAUUGCCCUGAGCCGGAGCGAGCCGCCCUUCCGCAGGGGCGCCCCGGGGGGAGCUUCACCUCGCCCCGCCCGGAGCCAUGUCCCUGCUGCGGGUGGCGGAGCAGGAGCCGCCGCUGCAGCGCUGGCUGCCCACCCACGUCCAGGUGACCGUGCUGCAGGCCCGGGGCUUGCGGACCAAGGGAGGCGGCGCCGGGGGGAAGCCGGGCACCAGCGAUGCCUACACCAUCAUCCAGCUGGGCCGGGAGAAGUACAGCACCUCGGUGGCGGAGAAGAGCACGGGCAGCCCGGAGUGGAAGGAGGAAUGCUCCUUCGAGCUGCCCCCGGGGGCCCUGGAGCUGGAGGAGCCGGCGGACUGGGGCGGGGGCUCCCCCCGGGGCAAGGGGGGCUGCGAGCUGGUGCUCACCGUCAUGCACCGGGCGCUCAUCGGCCUGGACAAGUUCCUGGGCCAAGCCACCGUGCCCCUGCAGCCGGUCUUCAGGGAGAGCCGCUCCAUGAAGAGCCAGUGGCACAAGCUACAUUCCAAGGCCGGGAAAAAGGAGAAGGAGCGAGGAGAGAUCCAGGUCACCAUCCAGUUUACCCGCAACAACCUGACGGCCAGCAUGUUCGACCUUUCCAUGAAAGACAAGCCCCGGUCGCCCUUUGGAAAGCUGAAGGACAAAAUGAAGGGGAAGAAGAAAUACGACUUGGAAUCUGCUUCUGCUAUCAUCCCCAGCAGCACAGGGGCCCUCGACAUGGAGGAGGACUAUGAGCUAGGGCGCAAGAAAUCCAAAGGCAAGGGCAGUUUCUUCAAGAACAAGCUCCACAAGUCCUCCCUGACCCAAUCCAACACCUCACUGGGCUCCGACAGCACCAUCUCCUCAGCCAGCGGUAGCCUGGCUAACAGCUUUGGCAUAACUGUCAACGUUCCUGAGGGAACCAAAUCCCCGAGUAGACACAGCAGUCUAUCCACAGAGCACUCUGUUAAAGACUAUCUGCCUUCGCCAAAAUUAACCCACAAGAGAGCAUUCAGUGAUGAGAUCUCCCAGGUUAAUGUGGUAGCGGAGCCGAAAGCAAUCCAAAGCCUGAAACCAAAGAAUGAGCUUGUCUCCAGAUCCUCUCUCUGUGUCAAUGGAAGCCAUGUUUACAGUGAUGAACCUGCACCAAAGAGCCCGAUGUCUGGCCUACCGAGCUCCUCGCCGCUGUCCCUGCCUCUACAGAAUAUCGCCAGAAAGUCUGAGGAGGGUUUCCAUGCUGGCUUCCCUCCUCCUGACUCUGAAGACCUGCCAUGGGGAGCCAGCAGCUUUGAGAAGGGGCAGCAGAAGGACGAGCCCAGAUUCCUUCCCUCUCCUCCCAGCUUAGCAGUACAAGAGGAGAACAAGGUCUCAACCAAAGCUGUAACCCUCAGCAAUCAUCUAGGCAGAGCCAAGUUGGAAGAAGGCAGCCGCUUAGAGACCAAACCCAUGCAGAUCACAACACCAAUGGUCUUCUCCAUGGAGGUGAUGAAAGACAAGCCCCUUGAGGAAACCAGAAAGUCCAAGGUCAGCCUCUUCCACCACGGGGGCACCAAAAGUGAUGCAGGGAACAAGAGCUUGGGAGAGAAGCUGGGAUCAUCCCUGACCGUAUCUCCACAAGUAACAGCUGCUGGAGAUGAGAAGAGUAAGAGCAGCAGCUGGUUUGGAUCCAAGGACACCAAAGAACCUUCUCAGAAACCCAGUUUCCAGUCUGGGUCGCAUGCUACCAAAGAGGUCGCUGGGCACCUUUACUCCUCUGAGGAUUACAGUCUCUCUGCCUCCAUAGGACUUAACAAACCACAGCAGGAGUCUUCAACCCAAAGCGCUGGCGCCCCUAUUCCAGAAGCCACUCCCACAUCCCAAGGACUCCGCCCUCCUCAAGAACAGACUCCUGCUGCCCCUCCCGUCUUUGACUGGGAUGACAACUUUGAUGCCUUUGCAACGAGUAGACUCAAACCAGAAAUUCUGGAAGAAAGCCUUUUGGCUUCUGUAGUUAUGGAGGGCCUGGCUUAUGUCGAUGAUCCAAGUCCAACAGAAAUCCCAGCUGAACUGGUUCAGGAAAACAAGACUGAGAUAGCUAAGGCUGAGCCACAAGCUGCUGAUGAAGUGUCUCUAAGUCCAGGGACCUGGGCAGAUGUCACGAUCUUAAAAGAAAUGGAAGCAAACUUACUGAAGACUGCGCAGGAAGCUACACUGAGAGAAGAUGGUGUGUUGGGUCAUUUGCCUUUAAGUUCUCUGUCGGAGAGUGAGAAAACUAGCACCACUCCACCUUUGUCAGCCUGGUCUGCAGUGGGAGCUUUCGGGAAGGAGGAGGAUGCAGCAGCAUUGACCACUCAAAAUAGUGCCAGAGCGAAAUGGGACAGAGAAAUGGUGCACGUAGAAAAAACGACUGUAGCAUACAACGAGGAGGAGCCCAGUAUUGCAGGGGAAGACGAAUGGACGACCACAGGCACAGAAACAAUUGGCAGGCUAUCGGAAAGUGACCGAACCGUUGCCGAGAAGGAACACGAGGUUCAGGAGAGCAGGUUCAGGCCAUGUCCACUUUCCGAUGAGGGCAUCUUCGAAGAGGAAAGCAGCCCUGUGAGUGCCCCAGAUCUAUUGACCAAAAGCAGUUUAGUCUUGCAGAAACCCAGUGAGGCACUUCCUGGGAAUAACGCUGCCCUACCAUCGUUGGUGUCAAACCUGGAAGCAGCAGAGAAGCUGUCAGCUGUAGUCGACAUUGGUGAUGGUCAGGAUUCUAGUAACACAGAGGGGAUGAUUGAUAUAAAGCCACCCGGAGGUGGGCUUCAGAUUACUGCACAACUGGAGGCAGAUGAAGCCAGCAUGAAACUAGGUUCUGACUUUCACGAGAGACGCAUCCCCUCUGCUGCAUGGACUGAGACCCCAGAGAGAGAGGAGGAGAGCAUCGGGGCAGCUGGUUUGGAGAUGACCAUGGGGGCACCACCGCCAAAGCCUCAGAGAUGGUUCACACCCGGGGAUUUCAGAGAGGAAGGUGAUGACUCCAAUUUGGGGAGCCAGCAGAGCCAGCAAGGCAACGAAUAUCAGUGUGAAAAUGAGGAGGGCCCAGAGGUGGCAAUUCACCCGCAAUAUACCCCUGUAAGCCGAGAGAAUGUUUCUCCAAUGACUCCCAGCCCACCUGCACUGGGAGCAGUGAUAAUUGAAGCAAAAGCGAGGUAUGUCCCUUCGGUCGCUGGAGCUGCUGAUUCCGCCACAGAGGACUGGGUGUCUAAUUUGAAGGCAAGAGCUAAUGAGUUCACAGAAUGGGACACCUCUUCUGGGGAAAACCUGCUAGAGAUAAAUGAGGAGGCUGGGGCUGAGCAGUUCGAGACUUGCCCUUCGAAAUUCUCACUAGACAGAUUAGGCCUGCCAGAUGCUGAGGAAGAUGCAAACAAAUUGGAAAUGGUAAAGCCAGGCUUCCCUCCCCAAUCACAAAAGUUCACUGAGCGACUCUCCGGCACUGAAUGGGGCUUGUCGGAAACUGCACUGGCAUUCCCAGAGAUGAAUGAAAUACUCCCUGAGCCGCUGAUUCCAUCGGAGCUCGAUACUCCCAGAGAUCCAGAAUCCACUAAAUCGGUGCUGUUCUGCACGGCUGUGGAGGAGCAGCGGCCAGCUACGUCCUACCCAAGCCCCAGCCCAGCUAACCAGCUUGAAAGGUCAGCUCUGCAAGAGCAUCACUCUCAGCCAAGGCCUAAAUCGGGACAGGGAGAUAAACAGGGCCAUCCUAGCAAAGCAUCAGCCCAGCCAGUUGAACGGGAGCCUCAAACCCCAGCAGCGUUAGUGAGCCCGACCAGGGCGUCGGAGCAGAGUGGCUAUUCAGCUGACAGGCCCGAGCCAUUGUUGAGUCAGCGGCUUAGCCGGUCAGUGGAUCGAGUGAUAGACUUCAAAAAGGCUGACUUCUGGAGGCCAGUGAGCGAGGAGCAGAGCAGAGAGCAGGAUGACAUUUCAACCCUGGGCAACCCUUUCACCCCCAGAGUCAGCCCCUCUUCCCCAAACAAUCCCUUUGUGGCAAAGCCACCAGAUGUGCUCCCGAUUCAGGCCACAUCAUCUGAAAUGCCUUGUCAGGGAGGCUUAAACUUCAAAGACCUUCAUGAGGAAGCAGCUCCACAUGGCUUCCCGCCUGCUAACCUCCCAGGGGACCAGCUAGUUGAGUUUCCUUUCUUGCAUGGCAACCAGCCCUUGGCCUUCUCCACACCUUCCCUUGUGGCCGUAACUAACCCCCAGCAGUUCAAUUUCCCUUCCCCCAUCGUGUGCCCUACAACUGUUGGGGUGCCUGCAGUGACCAGCCGGGCAGCAGCCCAGUCCUCCUGCCCUUUGCUGCAGACCGGUGGCAUGAAAGUCUCAACGCUCACGGUUUUGCCCAAGGAGACACAGCCAGCUGAGAAGCCCUCUUUCCAUCAGACAAGCAGUCCUCAUCCAGUGAAGCCCAUAAGUGCUGCUAUGGCAGAGGUCUCCGGGGAGAAGAAGCAGCACAGGUCCACCCUGACCACUGCCCUGAGCAGCGGCCUGGAAAAGCUGAAGACCGUCACCACGAGUAGCGUGGAGAAAGUGGAGUCCAAGAAGCUAAAGGAUGCUGCUCUGCCUGACCAGUCUGCCAAGUAUUACCACCUGACCCAUGACGAACUCAUCCAACUGCUGCUGCAGAGGGAGAAAGAGCUGAGCAGGAAGGAGGAGCACAUCCAUGAACUGGAGAACUACAUUGACCAGCUGCUGGUGCGCAUCAUGGAACAGUCUCCCACCCUCCUUCAGAUCCCCCUGGAAAAAAACAUGACCAGCAAGUAACUUCUUUUCAGAGAUCUCCUUGGCAUCACUUGCCCACAGCACUCCUGGAAUAAACACGCCAAAGACACCUGAUUCUGCCCCUGCACACACGCUGUCCCCACCUCUUACAAGUAAAACCCAAGAGGGCUUUGGUGGCCCAUACAAAUUCCCCGAUGGUCUUUCAGUAAAGACUAGCUGUAUUGCCUAACAAAUGUGCUCUAGCUCCAGGAAACGACCACAUCGGGGCAUAGAACACUGCAAUGCCCAGCCCAGGAACUGGACUUCUCCCCCAUGGUGUGGCAGCAUGGUUCAGAAACAUCUCUUGCCAAAGCCGUAAGGAGUCCAUGGAACUAGACAUCUCAGAACUGGAAAUGUGCCAUCUUGCCCCUGACUUCAAGUUACCACCCCUGCCCGUGUUCUCAAAUGACCCUGGUCUCUCAGAAAUGGGGUGUCCUGGCUUGCUAGAAAGUUCUCUGAAUCGCUCUGCCACAGCUGAGGAACCUUACGUGUGGCACCUGAAAAUCAUAAGUGUGUGGCUCUUCCCCAUGUUGCUGUGCAUGCCAGCAUGGCAAGGGGCGAGAGGGAGGUCUAGCUUCACCUCUUUGUAUUUCAAUGGGAACCGUUCCUUUGCCAGCCCAAAGGAAAGGGUUCCCCAUCCAAUUAGCAGGCUCCUCUCUGAGCACUAAGUCCCUGGCCAUAUGGGAGAUGAGACAAAAAGUGACACUGGUGAAAUCGACUGAGUGUGACUAAGCAUGUGUCAGUGCUGGAGCACGAGCUGUGUUGGUAACUUUCUUGCACACUUGCCUCUGUGACACAACCAACUCUUCCUUACCCAGCUCACAACAGAAAUUCAUCCCCAGGGCUUCCGGGGAAGGAGUCUGUUGAUGUUCAUGCAGUAUCUGUCCCAUAGAACUUCCUUCACAAAGCCACCUUAUCCAUCACCGAUGUGUAUGCUGUAGGCACACACUGCGCACUCUUGUUGGCAUCAGUCACAGCUGAUAUUUCUGCACAGUAUUAUCUCAUUAUACGCCUCUUUCCGUGUUUACAGGGAGUGUUUGAAACCACCAUGGCCCUUGACACUACUUGCCUACUUCUUUGUAUGUGUCUUUUUUUUAAUAUGCCUGGAAGAUGCCGUAAGAAACAGAAGCUAGAGUGUGACUGCUCAGCCCUGUCUGCCUGCAUGACUGCCCUUUUAGCCAGACGCCAGACAGAUACAAUCUGUAAUAAACUAGCAAUUCACCACUCUAAAAUACCCCCAGGAUUAGCAUUAUGCUUAGGGCUUUCUCUCAUCUAUUUCGACAUCAAGACUUAAAUCUUGUGCCAGUGCCUAGAUGUUUCACUGGGCCAGCACUCUCAGGAGGUGUAUAUGUAGCGCUAGAUUUUGGAGCCUCAAUGAACAAGCUCCUCGUUGGCUGGUUGGUUUAGUAGCUGCAAAUGUGAGUCCGAGGCUUGACUAUGAGUGGUACACCUGGCCACAGUGAAAAACAGCAUAGUUGCUGGUUCUGAUGUGCGCUUGGGCGGGGUCAGAAGUUGCUGUUGUCUUCCAUUUUGGCUUUUAACGUGUCAGUUUCUUCUCUCUGCUCCAUCAAGGCGUUGAGUGGCGAGUACUCUUGCAGGUGAAGAAGUGGCCACAUUAUUCCAUCGAGACAGUGAGGACAGGACCUGGCACCUAACUGAACUUCAGUGUACUCAGCCUGGCAAAGGGGCAUUGUUUCCACUGGAGUCCCUGGAGUUUUUGCUGGAGUUUUUAAGCCUUUUUCACAUUCUUUCACUGUUACCUGUUUAAAUGUAUUAAAAGCGACUUUGGAAAGUU